AUGCUCAAAGUCUAAAUAUUCAAAGAGCGCGAAUUCUGGAGAUGGAAAUGGUAGGUACAAUACACACAAUUUGUAAGCUUUUUUCUUCUUCGCUCGUGGCAAUAGUCAAAAACUAAUUUUAACGAUCUCUUAAAUGGGGUUUCAAUAAAAGGGUUUUACACGAAGAAUGCAUAAUUCCUUGCGAUCUCUUCUAGCACUGCAUGCAAGACACGCCAUAACUCUAUAUGUAAUCUAUUAUUCUUGGCAAAAUUUUAUUAGGUUUUGAAGAAAAGGUGUAGGGAUAACUACCUGGCUCCGUUUAUUCUCUCCACCUCUUGUUUUGCGAUACGGUAAUCCAUAAUUUAAGUAAAAUAGACUUUCCAAUUGCGGUAGUUUUUCAUCCAAUAGCGCAAAUAUUCCUGAAAGUGACGAAUUUCUUCACUGAACGACUCUCAUUUUCUUAAAGGGUUUAGAAUUUCAUCACAGGUUCCUAUUGAAGUCAUAUAAUAUGUCUUGUCGGAGCGGGUGCUACAAUAAAACGGGUUUUUCGCGUGCCCAAAAAAUACAUUGCUGCAAUUAAGAAAACGAUCAUGGUUCGUGGAGCCCAUGACACACUUCUAUUGCUGCCAACAAAUACUACUUACCAGCUAAGUGCUAUUUGUUAUUUACAUUUGUAUACCGUUUUUUCUGUUGUUUUGUUCGCUGAAAAAUGCUUUCUGCCGACACGUUCGCUGUUUUGUUGCGUUUAUUUUUUCAGGUUUAACCCUACUCUGUUUUAGUCCAUGACAGCAGUGUUGAGAAUACCUUGCACGUAGCGGGAUCCAACUCUUAUCCAAAGUAUGGGGUUGGGUCAUCGGUGGAGGUUCUAGAUUGACACCUUGAAUAGUGAUUGUGUCGCUAUUAAUAUCAGACGGGUCAAACAAAGAUGAUCGUACCAAUGGUGUCGUACAAACAUCCAGUGUCGUUUAGACUAUGGGAAGGAGUGUCGUUGAGACUACAGGAAGGAGUGUCGUUGAGACUACGGGACGGAGAGUCGUUGAGACUUACGGGAAGGAGUGUCGUUGAGACUACGGGAAGGAGUGUCGUUGAGACUACGGGAAGGAGUGUUGUUGAGACUACAGGAAGGAGUGUCAUUGAGACUACUGGAAGGAGUGUCGUUGAGACUACGGGAAGGAGUGUCGCUGAGACUACUUGAAGGAGUGUCGAUGAGACUACGGGAAGGAGUGUCGUUGAGACUACGGGAAGGUGUGUCGUUGAGACUACGGGAAGGAGUGUCGUUGAGACUACGGGAAGGAGCGUCGUUGAGACUACGGGAAGGAGUGUCGUUGAGACUACGGGAAGGAGUGUCGUUGAGACUACGGGAAGGAGUGUCGUUGAGACUACGGGAAGGAGUGUCGUUGAGACUACGGGAAGGAGUGUCGUUGAGACUACGGGAAGGAGUGUCGUUGAGAAUACGGGAAGGAGUGUCGUUGAGACUACGGGAAGGAGAGUCGUUGAGACUACGGGAAAGAGUGUCGUUGAGACUACGGGAAGCAGUGUCGUUGAGACUACGGGAAGGAGUGUCGUUGAGACUACGGGAAGGAGUGUCGUUGAGACUACGGGAAGGAGUGUCGUUGAGACUACGGGAAGGAGUGUCGUUGAGACUACUGCAAGGAGUGUCGUUGAGACUACGGGAAGGAGUGUCGUUGAGACUACGGCAAGGAGUGUCGUUGAGACUACGGGAAGGAGUGUCGUUGAGACUACGGAAAGGAGUGUCGUUGAGACUACGGGAAGGAGUGUUGUUGAGACUACCGGAAGGAGUGUCGUUGAGACUACUGGAAGGAGUGUCGUUGAGACUACGGGAAGGAGUGUCGUUGAGACUACGGGAAGGAGUGUCGUUGAGAAUACGGGAAGGAGUGUGGUUGAGACUACGGGAAGGAGUGUCGUUGAGACUACUGGAAGGAGUGUCGUUGAGACUACGGGAAGGAGUGUCGCUGAGACUACGGGAAGGAGUGUAGUUGAGACUACGGGAAGGAGUGUCGUUGAGACUACGGAAAGGAGUGUCGUUGAGACUACGGGAAGGAGUGUCGCUGAGACUACGGGAAGGAGUGUCGUUGAGACUACGGGAAGGAGUGUCGUUGAGACUACGGGAAGGACUGCUGUUGACUAAGACUUUUUUUAAAAAUCGACUGAUAUGAUCUGUCCUCCUUAUUAUGACUAUGAAUCGGAGUACAGAUACUGGCCACGACUGAAAAUUGUGAUGUAUUCCUACAGCAGCAAUCUGGUUCAGUAACUCUCAAUUUCCAUUUCAAAAUCAUGAUAAUAGUGGAUAGUAGAUUUUUGAUACUCACACGACUUCUUUUGAAUUUUAUGAAACUGAUCGUUGUUUGUAGUUCGGCACUCAAAUAAAAUGGCCGGAAUGCUUCGUAUGAUCAGAACCAGUUCCCACAUCAAUAUUUGUAUCCUUGUGCAAGCGAGUGUCAUGAUUGUCCUCAUCUUUACCAUGCAUUUCCCUGGUCUCUUGGGGAGCAGAGGGGUGGCGAAAUACUUUUUCUAUCUUACUAUCUAGUUGGGUUUGUCUACACCUGAGUCUCUCUUAAUCUAUCUCAUUCAUCCAUUUUGCUUGUUCAAUGUUGGCCUGGGCUCUUAUUUACUGGUAAGUCGUAAUUUCCUCCAAAAUGACAGAGUGCUCUCUCUCUGUUUUUCAUGGCUCUAUAAUGUAUUAAAAAAGGUCUUGUCCCGUCAAUCCACCUGAUUUUUCUUCAGUUCUAAAUUUAGUUUCUAUUUUUUUAAACUCUGCCAUACUGAACGAUUGCCGAUCUCUCAAGAUAUACAAGGGAAACACUUGUGAGUUGAACAAAGAUUUUGCUUCUAACAACAAUAAGUAUACAAUUAAAAACAGUUGCUUUCAUAAAUGAUACAUUUAAUUACGAAUAAUAUAAUUCUUAUUUAUGAAAUGAGCAUACGAUUGUGUACACAUCAAAAUACUACAACAUAUUUAUUAUAUGUAUUCAAAGGUCAGGGAGUUGAACAAAGAUUUCGUUUCCAACAACAAUAAGUCUGAUACAUAUAAUUAAGAAUAAUAUAAUACUUAAAUAUGGAAUGAGCAUAUCUUUUGUACACAUCAAAAUACUACAACCUAUUUAUCAUAUAUAUUCAAAGAUCAGCGACACGUCACUAUUUACGGGCUUGGGUUAAAAUGACUUUGACUACUGAGUUCCUGUUAACAACUCUCGCAUGUUCGUCUCAUUUGCUCGUUUCUAGGAACCACUCUCGUAUGAGCGUCACGCUCGCAUUUGUCUAGGAACCCCUCUUGUAUGAUCGUCCCAAAAGCUCUUGUCUAGGAACCACUCUCAAAAAAACGUCUCACUUGCUCGUGUCUAGGAACCAAUCUCAUAUGAGCGUCUUACUUGCUCGUGUCUAGGAACAAAUCUCUUAUGAGUGUCACACUUGCUCGUGUCCAGCAACCACUCUCAUAUGAGCGUCUUACUUGCUCGUGUCUACGAACAACUCUCGUAUGAGUGUCUCACUUGCUUGUGUCUAGGAACCACUCUCGUAUGAGUGAAACAUUUGUUCGUGUCUAGGAACAACUCUCGUAUGAUUGUCACACUUGCACGUGUCUACGAAAAACUCUCGUAUGAGUGUAUCACUUGCUCGUGUCUAGGAACCACUCUCGUAUGAUUGUCACACCUGCUCGUGUCUAGGAACCACUCUCGUAUGAGUAUCACACUUGCUUCUUCUUCUUCUUUAUUUUAAGGGCCCACGAUCAAUGAAUUGAUCAUUCUGGCUCCUAUGUUUCAGAGGGGUUUGCGAUGUUACUGUCCAUGGGUUUCAAUGGGAUACUUCACUGGUUGCAAGGGCGACUCAGCAGUGGUGUUAUGAACUGGGGGUUGGAAUACAGGAGGCAAUAGACACAAAUGUAUCGAGUGUAGCCGCCUCAACUGUUGCUUUUGGAAGCUUGUUCCAGUCCCCUAUUGUCUUCGGCAGGAAUGAGGAGCUCAGUACUUUGUUCUUGUUUUUACCAGCCGGAACUGUUUGUCGUGACUUCGUCGCAGUCUGGGGGGAAGAUGAACGAGUUUCUGUUUGAUUCCGGAGCAGUGCACCAGCCCAUUUGUUAUCUUGUAAAACAUGGUGAGCCUGGUAAGUCGUUGUCGUUCUUCCAAUGUCGACCAGCCCAGUGUUUCCAGCAUGCUGCCAACACUCGAGGUGCUUCUGUAGCGGUUCAUGACAAAGCGUGCUGCCCGUCGCUGGACCGCCUCCAACCUGUCGAUGCUUUUCUGGGUAAAUGGGUCCCUGGUGUUAUGAACUGGGGGUUGGAAUACAGGAGGCAAUAGACACAAAUGUAUCGAGUGUAGCCGCCUCAACUGUUGCUUUUGGAAGCUUGUUCCAGUCCCCUAUUGUCUUCGGCAGGAAUGAGGAGCUCAGUACUUUGUUCUUGUUUUUACCAGCCGGAACUGUUUGUCGUGACUUCGUCGCAGUCUGGGGGGAAGAUGAACGAGUUUCUGUUUGAUUCCGGAGCAGUGCACCAGCCCAUUUGUUAUCUUGUAAAACAUGGUGAGCCUGGUAAGUCGUUGUCGUUCUUCCAAUGUCGACCAGCCCAGUGUUUCCAGCAUGCUGCCAACACUCGAGGUGCUUCUGUAGCGGUUCAUGACAAAGCGUGCUGCCCGUCGCUGGACCGCCUCCAACCUGUCGAUGCUUUUCUGGGUAAAUGGGUCCCAGACUGUAGAAGCAUACUCUAAAAUAGGUUGGACAAAGGCUUUAUAGGCUUUUUCUUUCACGCUUGAGUUGCCGAUCUUCAGAUUGCGCCUUAGGAACCCCAGGGUCUUGUUUGCCCGGUUGCACACACUGUUAAUGUGCUCGUCCCAGCGGACCUCUCUUUGGAUGUUAACACCCAAGUACUUAACGGACGAAAGUGGCUCAAGAAUGUGGCCAUGCAGUUCGUAAGAGUGGUUUAGAGGGAACCUGCUUCUGGAGACUGACAGCGUUUGGCACUUGACGGGAUGAAAUUCCAUGUCCCAGCUCAUCUCCCACUCAGCUAACCGAUUGAGGUCUUGUUGAAGCUGGCUCUGGUCAGAGCUGUUAACCAUUGUCCUAUAUACCACCGUGUCGUCUGCGAACAGUCUUGCUUGAGAGGUCAGCUUCUCGGGCAGAUCAUUGAUAUAUGCUAUGAACAAACAAGGGCCUAGCACUGAGCCCUGGGGGACCCCUGACUUAACACCGACAAAGGAGGAGGUUUUGCCAUCUACCACUACUGCCUGGCAUCGGUCGCUGAGGAAGCUAGAGAUCCAUGUUUUGGUAGUGCCUUGGAUCCCAUAUCUAUGCAGUUUGUGCAAUAGCAAGCUAUGGUUGACACGGUCAAACGCUUUUGAAAAGUCCAGCACAAGCACAUCAGUCUGCUUGCUGUUCUCCAAGUUGGUCGUCAACUCUUCAGCAAAUUCAAGGAGUUGGGUCUCGCAUGAUCUGUUGACUCGAAAGCCAUGCUGACAGUCAUUGAGUAUAUUUUUUCUCUCCAGGUGAUUCAUGACCGCGCUUACGAUUAUGUGUUCCAAUAGUUUACAUAAUACGCUAGUGAGGGAUACAGGGUGGUAAUUGGCUGGGUCGUAAUGUUCUCCUUUUUUGUAGAUCGGAGUGACAUACGCUGUUCUCCAGUCAGUUGGAACUUUGCCUGUGAAUAGCGACGAUUGGAAAAGGAUUGUUAAUGCAGGAGCAUUGUCUACGAAUAACUCUCGUAUGGGUGUCUCACUUGCUCGUGUCUAGGAACCACUCUCGUAUGAUUGUCACACCUGCUCGUGUCUAGAAACCACUCUCGUAUGAAUGAUUCACUUGCUGGUGUCUAGGAAGCACUCUCGUAUGAGUGUCACACUUGCUCGUGUCUAGGAGCUACUCUCGUAUUAGCGUCUCACUUGCUCGUGUCUUAGAAUCACUAUCGUAUGAGCGUUUCACACAAUCGUGUCUAAGAACCAAUCUCGUAUGAGAGUCUCAUUUGCUCGUGUCUAAGAACCAAUCUCGUAUGAGCGUCUCACUUGAUCUUGUCUAGAGUUUUUACGUUAUAUCAAUUUCAUGCACCAAAGGAAUAUUUAUCUGAUUCAUUAUGCCAAACUAAUAAAUAUUUUAUAAAUGAAUUAAACAAAAUAAACGUUUUUUAUAUACAAGUACUCCUGUAUAUUCUACUAGUUAUGACACCAAAAAUAUGGGUGACAGCAAUAAGGGAACGUGCUAUCUAUCAAAGUUACUUGAUAAAACAUAAACUCAAGCUACGCAAAUUUUAGCUUCCUUAAUUUUGCUACACCCCUUCCGUCCCCGAUACGUCUCUGCACACUUUCUAUUUCACGCCCAAGAAUUUUAGUACUAUUGUAAGGCCCAAAUCCCUCUUUAACUGAAUAGGUGUUACACCAUCUUUAAAAUUAGUCGAUUUCAGGAAAAGAAAAGGAAAUAUUACUUAUCAAACGCAAUUGCGUUAUUUUUUUAUUUUUUUUUACAUUAUUCUCUUAUCGUGAAUUAUAUUUGACGCGUUAUUGGACACACUACCGAACCAUACGUUCUUUUAAACAUAGAGAAUGAAUGUGAUAUAAACCAUGAUGAGUAAGGGGAGGGCAGCUUGGGAAAAGGAAGCAGUAGGAAACGGAAGCAGUCCCAGAAAAGGAAAAAAAAAAAAUUAUAUAUAAGAGAUGAUAGACACGGAUAUAAAAGAACAAUUGUCAUUGAAUGUAAUCUUGGUUCAAAUCUACGCUGUAUAAUGGUCUCCUGUAAUAAGUAGCAUUCAUUAUAUGACUCGUUUUGCAUUUAUUUUAAUUUUAUGCGAUCAGACCUUUAAAACUUAACUAUAACUCAAUAAUUGACCUGAUGAUCUCGAGAGCUCACUUCAAGAUCUUGUUUAAAAUAGUCCUCUUCUUGGUGGUUACUCAGAGGGAUAACACAAUUGGACAUCACAUCAUUAAGAAAUAGUGAGAUUACUUCAAUGUGGAAGUAGGUUCUACAAAAUUUUUCUUUGUGGCUUCUUAGUAGGACAUACUGCAGUAUGCUAUGGAAUAGUUCUUUCUUUUCAAUGUUGUAAUGUUGGUGUGAACUUCGUAGCGAUGCUUCUGUCGUGAGUCCUAUCACCACGCUGUCCAAAAGUUGAAGGCUAUGGCUGGGUCUUCUGGAUGGUUACUGAGCUGAGUUCUUAGAAUCUGGUCUCAGGGAACUGAUCCUAAAUCCAGAGCCUAGGUUGCGGUGAUUUCUUGCACUGUGGCCAUGUGUCGAUUCAGCACCCUGGUGGGUGUAAGAUCCAUAUGGGUAGCUCCAAAGGUACACUCAUUUUAACUGAUAAUUUGAGUGGCGAUCUUAAAAGAAUAGCUCUAACAUUUACAACGGUAUGUAUAGUCAAUUAAUUAUAAUUGAUAUUUGACUAUAUAAAUGUCAUGUCCUGUGUGAGAUCAAAGACUUGGUAACUAGAAGCAUAACUCUGCAGUUGCCCAAAAAUGCCACCGCUCAAUCGAAAGAAAAAAUGACACGCGGGAAGCCAAAAUAUUUCCCCCCCCCCAUUUUUUACUUCAACGUGAGUCUUUGGUGCCAGAGGACAACGUUCAUUUUUACUCUCCCUUCCACCCCCAAACUGCUAAACUCUGAAACCCAAUAUUUUCAUCCAUUAACACUAUAGUCGUAUAGCCCUUUAGCUACCCUCGCUAGUUUGGCGCCCAGAAACAUAUGCCCCCUAUGCCCACCUUAACCAAGCCUCUUUCCAUUGGCAUGCCCCCCCACCCAAAAAUCUAAAGUGCCCCCUGGGGAAAUUGUCUGAAAGAAACACUUUUUUGUGAUACACGUGGAAGUCAGUUAAGAUCUGCCAGUUCCCUUUACGCCAUGGCUCUUGCUGUAAGGGGGACUACUGGUGUGAUAGGACAUAUACUUAUUGCAACAAAUAAAGCUGCAAAGUCUAUAUAGACUUGGUCAGUUGCAGUCAAUGCUCUCUCAUGGCUUUGCUUCUGUUACACAUCCGAUGAGAAAUUUUAAUUAAAAACUUAAGAACAAAUAUUGCGAAGUCUUUUUUAAGUUAAUGUUUAUUCCAUUUUAUUAUUUACAUCUUCAGCGUGCAGUCCAAUAAGUUCCGUAUUGUCGAAUGAUUUCAGCCAGCCAUAUCAUUAUAAUGGAGCUAAGUAUUAUGUCUCUAAAGCCUUCUACACCACCGACAUGGCAGCUCUAGAUGUGUGUAGGUCAAUCUGUGGAUACCUCGUUGAGGUGGAUGAUAAUGUUGAGAUGGACUUCCUGAAAACUCUUAUGCACAAAGAAGACAUAAGCGGGAUACUGAUAGCUGGAACUGACAAGGCCAAAGAAGGGACGUGGGUGUAUCAGAGAACCAGUAAAACGAUGACCUUCAUGGCAUGGGAUUCCGGAGAGCCGAACAAUUUUAGGGGACAAGAGCACUGCAUCAAGAUGUUGAAAGGAAGUGACAAGAUGCAAGAUGUAGUGUGCCGCUUUGCGUAUUGGAAACUUAACUUUGUGUGUGAGGUGAAAUAGGCAAAUGCCAUGGAAUGGAGACAGGACUGUGCUUCCCAACACAAGCUUUCAAAUAAAUUAUGGAAUGCCAUUGUCAAAUCAAUUUUGUGAAGUUGGAGAACCAUAUGGUAAUCACUUUAUUCAAAAGAUAUAAGAUUCGAGUCUGGUCUAUAUUCUUAAACAAAAAAAAAUCAGAAGAAUUCUAUCCG